CUAAUCUGAGCCCAUUUCCCCAGAGUUGAACUCAGUCAACGGCAAGAACCGAAACAUUAGCUCGAAGUCACCGCCUUCCAUCUCGCAAUUCUCUCCGACAACGCAUGAACACAGCGAUCUGGUCUCUUGGGUCUGUCAAUUUCGUUCAAUCCCGACGAUGAUGUUUCCCAGAUUCAAGGGUUUAGGGUUUUUGCUCGUUCCUUUUCUGCUGUCACCGUAUCUGUUCUUCGCUGCGGAAUCAAAGUGCAGAGCUUCCUGCGAUUUCGCUCUCGCCUCGUAUUACGCUUGGAAUGGAUCAUCCCUCACGGUCAUCAAUCAGGCGCUCGAUUCGCCGAUUGCCCCGUUCGACGGGAUCAAUUUCGACCCGAUCCUGAGAUACAACAGCGAAAUCAAGAACAAGGACUUGAUCCAGAUCGGUUCCAGAAUCCUCGUCCCUUUCCCUUGCCAGUGUCUCCCCGGCGAUUUCCUCGGCUACACUUUCACUUACCGUGUCCGAAGGGAAGACACCUACGAUGCGGUGGCGCGUGUCCGCUACGCGAACCUGACGACGACGGAGUUACUGCGGAGCACGAACAGUUACCCGGAUACGAAUAUUCCCGACACCGGGACGCUCAACGUGACGGUGAACUGCUCGUGCGGAGACGGAGCGGUUUCGAAAGAUUACGGCUUGUUCGUCACUUACCCACUUCGUCCUGAAGACAGUUUGAGUUCGAUAGCAAGAUCUUCUGGUGUUCCAGCCGAGACUCUGCAGAGGUAUAACCCCAAUGUUGAUUUCAAUGCAGGGACAGGGAUUGUUUAUGUCCCGGGCAAAGAUCCAAACGGUGCAUUUCCGCCUUUCAAGUCGAGCAAAAAAGCAGGUAGCAAUGCCGGAGUUAUCGCCGGUAUAUGCAUAGGAGUGGCAGUUGCUUUGACGUUAGCAGCUUUUCUCGUAUACGGAAUCUAUCGUAAGAGGAAAUCAAAGGGAUCUUUAAGCAGAAAAGAAGUUACUAAAUCUGUGCAUAAUGUUCUCUAUUCCGUUUUAGUUUCCGCUUCUAGCGUUCAGGAUUCUGGCCGCUCUCUGGGCAUUGCAGCCAUAACUGUGGACAAGUCUGUGGAGUUUUCGUAUGAGGAGCUCGCUAGGGCUACCGACAAUUUCAGCAUGGCUUACAAGAUUGGCGAAGGUGGUUUCGGGGCUGUCUACUACGCCGAGCUGAGAGGAGAAAAAGCUGCUGUCAAGAAAAUGCAAAUGGGAGAUGCGAAACAGUUCUUGGCCGAGCUAAAGGUCUUAACCCGAGUACAUCAUGUCAAUCUGGUGCGUUUGAUUGGAUACUGUACUGAGGGUUCUCUCUUCCUGGUGUACGAGUAUAUCGAGAACGGGAAUAUAGCUCAGCAUUUGCGUGGCUCAGAACGGGAUCCACUGCCAUGGACGAAGAGAGUGCAAAUAGCCCUCGACUCCGCUAGAGGUUUAGAAUAUAUCCACGAGCACACGGUUCCGGUUUAUAUUCAUCGGGACAUUAAAUCCGAAAAUAUCUUGAUAGACCGCAACUUCCGAGCAAAGGUUGCGGAUUUCGGGUUGGCGAAACUCACGGAAGUCGGAGGCACGAUGACGCGAGGUGCAAUGGGUACAUUCGGUUAUAUGCCGCCCGAGGCUGUUUAUGGAGAUGUUUCUGCAAAAGGAGAUGUAUACGCUUUCGGAGUAGUCCUUUACGAGCUAAUUUCCGCGAAACCCGCGGUUGUAAAGCUGAGCGGAACCGAUUCCGAGUUCAAGGGACUCGUCGGUUUGUUUGAGGAAGUGUUCAACCAACCAGACCCGAAAGAAGCUCUGCGUAAGAUCAUCGACCCUAGGCUCGGGGAUGAUUACGUGAUCGAAUCGGUCUACAAGAUGGCGGAACUAGCGAGGGCUAGCACGAGAGAGAAUGCGCAGCUGCGGCCGAGCAUGAGGUACGUCGUGGUGGCGUUGACGACGCUUUCGUCUUCCACGGGGAAUUGGGAAGUCGGAAACUUUGAAAACGAAGAUCUCCUCAGCCUCAUGUCCGGUCGGUAGCGACAUUUUACCCUAAUCCCGACCAAACCGUGAGAAGAGAAGAAUAAUCAAAUACGGAAUCUUCCAGAUUUAUUGAAUUUCGGCAUUUUUUUUGUAUUAUUAUGUAAUUAUUAUUUCACAUUUAAUCAAACAGUACACGGACCACAGCCAUCAAUUUUCUUUAAAACAAAAAUAAUCUUUUUUUUUU